CUGUGUCUCUCACUGUCGCCGUAUAUACAAUAGCAUAAAAUGCGUUACAGUCGAUAUUACUAUUAUCGUUAAAAGUGGCAGUGACAAGUGACAGCUACGCUGGGCAAGUAGUAAGAUGGCGGCCGCUGAUAUCGCCGGAAAGUUAAUCAGUCGCGGAAAACACUCGUGAAGCCGAGAACCGCCGGGGGAAAACGGCGACGUAUUAUGUGCGAAAGGUACACGAAAUAUUUAUGUUCGUGUUAAUUCAUAAUCGUCUAUGUCGACCGUGCGAUCUCGCGCAACGGGAUUGUCACGCCUAACCAUCGAAUUUGUUCGUAAACACGUAACACAAUCGUACUCAACGAGUAUAUCUUACGUGGCAGCGUUUAUCGCUGAUAUCAGAUUUUCUUCAACGGGACGACCUCGCGCGUUUUGCAGAAAUGCACGAGAAGAAGAAGAAGCUGCAAACCAUGCGUGCUUUGAUACUUGUCGGUGGCUAUGGAACCAGACUGCGACCUCUCACCUUAAGUCGGCCUAAGCCGCUCGUUGAAUUCGCUAACAAACCGAUGCUUUUGCAUCAGAUCGAGGCACUUGUACAGACAAAUGUAACAGAAGUGAUAUUGGCUGUCUCUUAUCGGGCGCAGCAAAUGGAAGAAGAAUUGGUACACGAGGCGAAAAAGUUAGGGGUGCAACUGAUUUUCUCUCAUGAACCGGAACCACUGGGUACCGCAGGACCGCUAGCACUUGCUCGCGAAUAUUUAUGCGCCAGUGACGAUCCGUUCUUCGUCCUGAAUUCUGACAUUAUCUGUGAUUUUCCCUUCAAGCAACUUCUCGAGUUUCAUGAGAGCCAUGGGAAAGAGGGAACCAUAGUCGUCACUAAGGUGGAAGAACCGUCGAAAUAUGGUGUGGUUGUGUACGGGGAAGAUGGAAAAAUCGAGAGCUUCGUCGAGAAACCGCAAGAGUUUAUAUCCAAUAAAAUUAAUGCAGGCAUGUACAUUCUUAACCCGAGCGUACUGAAUAGAAUAGAAUUGAAACCUACGAGUAUCGAGAAAGAAGUCUUUCCGAGUAUGGCUCAAGAUGGGGAAUUAUACGCGAUGGAACUGCCAGGUUUCUGGAUGGACGUAGGACAACCUAAAGAUUUUCUCACAGGAAUGUCUAUGUAUCUUACUUCGUUGAGGCAGAAGCAUCCUGAACAGCUUCAUUCUGGACCUGGUAUAGUAGGCAACGUUCUGAUAGACCCGACAGCUAUAAUCGGUAAAGACUGCAGAAUCGGGCCUAAUGUCACGAUCGGGCCUGGCGUCACUCUAGCAGACGGAUGCUGUAUCAAACGAAGCACCAUUCUGAAGGCAGCUGUGAUAAAGGAACACGCGUGGCUUAAUGGAUGCAUAGUUGGUUGGAGAAGCGUUGUAGGACGAUGGGUGAGAAUGGAAGGUACAACCGUGCUGGGGGAGGACGUUAUCGUGAAGGACGAGCUGUACAUCAACGGCGGACAAGUCCUACCGCAUAAGAGCAUUUCCACUUCUGUGCCAGAACCACAGAUCAUUAUGUGACCAAAGAUCAUAACUUGAAUUAAUGAAGACACUAACACUCAAACCAAAACACGACAGAUACGAUCCGAGAUUUGUAACAAUUUUUUUUUUAAACGUGCAUAAUAUAUUACCUCUGUUCGUUUUUAUUAUUUUUGUAUACAGUUGCCGUCUCUCCCGGAAUCUUCGUAUUAAAGAAAUAUUUAAAAAUACAAACAUUUACUUCUCCACAAUCGAUCGCUGUAAGUCUUGUUUUGUUCUCUCCGGAACACAAUUGCGUAACUUAGAAGAAACGUAAGUUACCUUACAUUAGUAUUGCAAAUGUCAGUGCCGCGAU